AGCCCUACAUAGAUCGGCUUCUGCCAUGGCCUCCAAACAAACCAAAAAGAAAGAGGUGCAUCGUAUCAACUCGGCGCACGGAUCGGAUAAAUCGAAAGAUUUCUAUCCUUUUGGCAGUAAUGUACAAUCUGGUUCAAUUGAACAAAAGAAGGGGAAAUUCCCAAUCUGGCCAGAGUGGAGUGAAGCUGACAUAAAUUCAGAAAAGUGGGAUGCAGGCAAAGGUGCAAAAGAAAAGGAGAAAACAGGAAAAAGCCCUGUAUUUCAUUUUUUUGAGGACCCUGAAGGAAAGAUUGAGUUACCACCAUCCUUGAAAAUUUAUUCCUGGAAACGUCCACAAGAUAUUUUAUUUAGUCGGACUCCAGUAGUUGUGAAAAAUGAAAUCACAUUUGACUUAUUUUCAGCAAAUGAACAUUUACUCUGCAGUGAGCUGAUGAGAUGGAUUAUCAGUGAAAUCUACGCAGUGUGGAAGAUCUUCAAUGGAGGAAUUUUGAGCAAUUAUUUUAAGGGGACUUCAGGGGAACCUCCUCUUCUCCCCUGGAAGCCCUGGGAACACAUAUACUCUCUGUGCAAGGCUGUGAAGGGUCAUAUGCCUUUGUUCAAUAGCUAUGGAAAGUAUGUUGUGAAACUUUACUGGAUGGGUUGCUGGAGAAAGAUAACAAUUGAUGAUUUUUUGCCUUUUGAUGAAGAUAACAAUCUAUUGCUUCCAGCUACAACUUAUGAAUUUGAACUGUGGCCAAUGCUUUUGUCUAAAGCUAUUAUCAAGCUGGCAAAUAUCGACAUCCAUGUAGCAGACAGGAGAGAGCUGGGGGAGUUCACGGUUAUUCAUGCGCUCACAGGGUGGUUUCCAGAAGUCAUUUCUCUUAACCCGGGAUACAUGGACAAAGUUUGGGAGCUCCUGAAAGAAAUAUUGCCUGAGUUUAAGCUGUCAGAUGAGGCCAGCUCUGAAAGCAAAAUAGCAAUGUUAGAUUCUAAAUUAAAAGAACCAGGCAAAGAAGGGAAGGAGGGAAAAGAAAUAAAGGAUGGAAAGGAAGUAAAAGACAUGAAGGAAUUCAAACCUGAAAGUUCUUUGACAACACUAAAGGCUCCUGAGAAAAGCGACAAAGUUCCAAAGGAGAAAGCAGAUGCAAGAGACAUCGGAAAGAAGAGAAGCAAAGAUGUAGAAAAAGAAAAAUUCAAAUUCUCACUUCAUGGUUCAAGAUCCUCAUCAGAAGUGCAGUACUCCGUGCAGUCCCUAUCAGAUUGUUCUUCUGCAAUACAGACCUCUCAUAUGGUUGUAUAUGCGACAUUUACACCUCUCUACUUGUUUGAAAACAAGAUCUUUUCAUUAGAGAAGAUGGCAGAUUCUGCUGAGAAACUUAGAGAAUAUGGGCUUUCCCACAUCUGUAGCCAUCCUGUGCUGGUGACUAGAAGUAGGUCUUGUCCUCUGGUAGCACCACCAAAACCACCUCCUGUACCUCCCUGGAAACUCAUUCGUCAAAAAAAGGAAACUGUUAUAACAGAUGAAGCUCAAGAGCUAAUAGUAAAGAAGCCUGAACAGUUCCUUGAGAUUUCAAGUCCAUUUUUGAAUUAUAGAAUGACUCCAUUUACAAUUCCAACAGAAACGCAUUUUGUGCGCUCUUUAAUUAAGAAAGGAAUACGUCCAGGAUCUGAUUUACCUUCCAUCAGUGAAACUGAUGAAACUGCAACACACAGCCAGACAGACUUGAGUCAAAUAACAAAAGCUACAUCUCAGGGAAAUACUGCUUCACAAGUUAUACUUGGAAAAGGCACCGAUGAACAAACAGACUUUGGAUUGGGUGAUGCCCAUCAGAGUGAGAGAUUAAACUUGGAAAGAGAUAUAGUCAGCCAGACCACAGCAACACAGGAAAAGUCACAGGAAGAACUUCCAACAACAAAUAAUAGUGUUUCUAAAGAAAUAUGGUUAGACUUUGAAGAUUUCUGUGUAUGCUUUCAAAAUAUAUAUAUUUUCCACAAGCCAAGUUCAUAUUGCCUUAACUUUCAAAAAUCAGAAUUUAAGUUCUCAGAAGAACGAGUGUCCUACUAUCUAUUUGUAGAUAGUCUAAAACCUAUUGAACUACUGGUUUGCUUUUCUGCAUUGGUACGCUGGGGGGAGUAUGGAGCCUUAACAAAAGACAGUCCUCCCAUAGAGCCUGGACUUCUCACAGCUGAAACGUUUUCUUGGAAAUCCCUGAAACCAGGCAGUCUUGUUCUGAAGAUUCACACAUAUGCUACCAAGGCUACAGUGGUUCGUCUGCCUGUUGGGAGACACAUGCUACUCUUCAACGCAUACUCCCCAGUAGGACACUCCAUACACAUCUACAGCAUGGUCUCAUUUGUCGUUGGGGAUGAACAUGUCGUGCUGCCCAACUUUGAACCAGAGAGCUGCCGAUUUACGGAACAGUCUCUGUUGAUUAUGAAAGCUAUUGGAAACGUGAUUGCUAAUUUCAAAGAUAAGGGUAAACUCUCUGCAGCUUUGAAGGAUCUGCAAACAGCUCACUACCCUGUCCCCUUCCAUGAUAAAGAACUAACUGCACAGCACUUCAGGGUUUUUCAUCUUUCCUUAUGGCGUUUAAUGAAAAAAGUUCAAAUAACAAAACCUCCUCCAAACUUCAAAUUUGCAUUUCGGGCUAUGGUUUUGGACUUGGAGUUACUCAAUUCCUCCUUGGAAGAGGUUUCUUUAGUGGAAUGGCUGGACGUUAAAUAUUGUAUGCCCACAAGUGAUAAAGAGUAUUCUCCUGAGGAAGUAGCAGCAGCAAUUAAAAUUCAAGCCAUGUGGAGAGGAACUUAUGUUAGAUUGCUUAUGAAAGCCAGAAUACCAGACACAAAAGAAAAUAUCAGUGUUGCAGAUACUCUUCAAAAAGUUUGGGCUAUAUUGGAAAUGAAUUUAGAACAGUAUGCAGUUUCUCUCUUAAGACUAAUGUUUAAAAGCAAGUGCAAGUCUUUGGAAUCUUAUCCAUGCUAUCAAGAUGAAGAAACUAAGAUUGCUUUUGCAGAUUAUACUGUGACUUAUCAAGAACAGCCACCAAAUUCUUGGUUUAUAGUAUUCAGAGAAACAUUUUUGGUUCCUCAAGAUAUGAUUUUGGUUCCCAAAAUAUAUACUACACUUCCAAUCUGUAUCCUACACGUUGUUAAUAAUGACACAAUGGAGGAAGUGCCAAAGGUGUUCCAAAAAGUGGUGCCUUAUCUUUAUACCAAGAAUAAGAAGGGAUACACUUUCGUGGUGGAAGCAUUUACAGGUGGCACAUACGUAGCAGCCUCACGAUGGAAACUGCGUCUCAUUGGUUCUUCUGCUCCACUGCCAUGCCUCUCUCGAGACUCUCCAUGCAAUACCUUUGCCAUAAAGGAAAUCCGAGAUUACUACAUACCCAAUGAUAAGAAAAUUUUAUUCAGAUAUUCAGUUAAAGUUCUAACACCACAACCUGCUACAAUACAGGUACGCACAUCCAAACCAGAUGCAUUCAUCAAGCUGCAGGUCCUAGAAAAUGAAGAAACUAUGGUGAGCUCCAUUGGAAAAGGCCAAGCUAUAAUCCCAGCAUUUCACUUCUUGAAGAGUGAGAAAGGUUUGAGCUCCCAGUCUAGCAAGCACAUUCUUUCAUUUCACUCUGCAUCCAAGAAAGAGCAAGAAGUGUAUGUUAAGAAGAAAGCUGCUCAGGGAAUUCAGAAAUCCCCCAAGGGUAGAGCUAUAAGUGCAAUACAAGACAUUGGCCUACCCCUUUUGGAGGAGGAAAUUACCAGUACACCCACUACAGAAGACAGUUCCAGCACACCAACACAGAAUUACAAGUAUAUUAUACAGUGUUCGGUGUUGUAUAACAGUUGGCCUCUCACUGAAAGCCAGCUGAAAUUUGUUCAAGCACUGAAAGACUUAAAGAAAAACAAUACCAAAGCUUAUGGUGAAAGACACGAGGAGUUAAUUACCUUAGGAAGCCCAGACUCCCACACUAUUAGUAGUGAGGGACAUAAAUCUUCAGUAACUUCCAAAAUAACAAGGAAAGGCAAAGAAAAAUCUUCUGAGAAAGAAAAGACAGCCAAAGAAAAACAAGCACCUCGCUUUGAGCCUCAGAUAUCCACUGUUCACCCUCAACAAGAAGACCCAAAUAAACCCUACUGGAUUUUGAGGUUGGUCACUGAACACAAUGAAUCAGAAUUAUUUGAAGUGAAAAAGGAUACAGAACGGGCAGAUGAAAUCCGAGCCAUGAAACAAGCCUGGGAGACAACAGAGCCAGGAAGAGCAAUCAAGGCUUCUCAGGCUCGUUUGCAUUACCUUAGCGGGUUCAUUAAGAAAACAUCUGAUGCUGAGAGUCUGCCUAUAUCUGAAAGCCAAACUAAACCAAAGGAAGAAGUAGAAACAGCUGCACGCGGUGUAAAAGAGCCAAACUCAAAGAAUUCUGCAGGUUCAGAGGGCAAAGAGAUGACACAAACAGGAUCAGGGAGUGUGGCGUGGAAGAAGUGGCAAUUGACCAAAGGCUUGAGGGAUGUGGCAAAAUCCACGAGCAGCGAAAGUGGAGGAGUGUCUUCACCAGGGAAGGAAGAGCGCGAGCAGAGCACGCGGAAGGAAAACAUUCUGUUUAUCUUUUAUAUAUUGCCUACUCCACUGGACUACAAGUUUAUUGAAGCAACAGGACCUCAUACACGAUCAACAAUUUUGGAAACAUCUCCACGACUUAUUCGAAAAGCACUAGAAUUUAUGGAUUUAAGUCAAUAUGUUCGGAAAACAGACGCAGAUCCUCUGCUGCAAACAGAUGAAUUGAAUCAGCAGCAGGCAAUGCAAAAGGCGGAAGAAAUUCAUCAGUUUCGACAGUAUAGGACCAGAGUCCUUAGCAUUCGAAACAUUGACCAAGAAGAGCGGUUGAAAUUAAAGGAUGAAGUCCUGGAUAUGUAUAAGGAAAUGCGGCAGCCCCAGCAAGCUAAUCAAGAGGGAGGGCAAUGCUACCAGGACUCCUUAGAUGAAGCCCGACAGAAAAUUUUCGACAUCCGGGAAGAGUACAGAAACAAAUUGCUGGAAGCUGAGCGCCUAAAGCUGGAAGCUCUGGCUGCUCAGGAAGCUGCCGUGAAGCUGGAGACAGAAAAGACCGUGGCUCCUGACACACAGAAAAAAAAGAAAGGAAAGAAAAAGUAACCAGGGGAUGUCCAAUACUACCCUGCUUCUGGAGAGAAAAAAUGUAAUGAUCUAUAACUGCCUGCUGAUAAAACAAGAUAUUGGGCCAACUGAAAAUAGAAAUUGUUCUUAGAAAUAUUUUAAUGCUAACUUGUUAGUUUUCCUCAGAAAGCUAGUAUUUGAAGCCAUUCAAGUUUAAAAUGCUCUAAUUUCAAUAAAAUAGCUUCCAAAUAA